AUUUAACCGAUGCAGUCAAUAAUUGGCAGAUUGGAUGCCCUGCACAGAUGAGAUGCGAUGGUGCCAUACCAAUGACUAGGGGUCAUCAAUUCCUAACAGAGGAAACGUUUGUAGUGACAGGGAUGUAAAGAAUCAGAUUUUAUUGUAUGGUGGCACCAUUCUCUCCGAGUAGGUCUCAAACUUGAAGACUAUCUCAUGGGGCGAUGGCCGACCAAAAGGACGCCUUCCAGGUCCUGUCCAGUGAGAAUCGCGGUACAAUCAUCAACUUGACCUCUGUCUCCCUCCUGAUUGUGGCCAUCAUCUUCGUGGCCGCCAAGUUCGGAUCUGCGAUCUACUUCAAGCAGCGACGGACUCCCAUUUGGGCGGCCUUGAUUUUUGCAAUCAUCCAUUUCGUUCUCUUACAGAAGGUGGUUGACCAUGGACUGGGAAAACACCAAGACCGACUUAGUGAUGGCGACAUCCAGGCCUGGAGCAAGUUCGCAUAUACUGCGCAUCUUCUGCUGAUCGUUGCCAUGUCGCUUUCCGAGAUGUCGACCAUUCUGCUGAUUUGGAAGUUAACACCGAGUAAGAGCCUGCGUUGCAGCUGUGCUGUUACCGCUGGUAUUGUCAUGGGCUGGUCAAUCUUCACGGUGUUGGGUAUAGCAUUCCAAUGUGAGAUGCCUGGUCCGUGGCUGUACUCGCCUGAGCGAUGUGCUGGGAAGGGUGCCAUAUUCUACCUGAUCGCAGUCUUCAACAUCCUCACGGAAGUCAUCAUCAUCGGCCUACCCUUCAUCAUGAUGCACAACCUCCAGAGGGUCUGGCACAAGCGAGUGAAGAACCUGUUCUCCUUCUCCUCGCGCUUAAGCAUCGUCACCCUCGGAAUUGCCCACCUCGCCCUCCUCCCCUCCUUCAGCCACAACCGAUGUCUCCUGUGACGCCCCAUUCCCAUUCCAAAUACCUCACAAAAAAAAAAAAAAAAAAAAAAAAAAAAAAAAAAAAAAA